AUGUUUGACCUCGAAAAAGAGAGGCACAGGACAUACCUGGAGCAUGGGUAUCUCCGCCAUCACCUAACCAAGAAGGAGUUGAAAGACUUUAAUAAUUGGAAGAACGACGUUAAAAGGUUGUACGCAUUCGCAUCAUUUGGCGAUGCCUAUAAGAUCCCAGAGAUUCUCAAAUGGAUCCUGGACCGUCGGGCCGUUGAAGAAGCGAUCGAGCAAUGGGAGAAUUGGACUGAUGAGCAGAGGAAGACGAAGUGGCGAAAGCUCAUGUUCUCUGCUUUGUGGUCUUGUCCUGAUCGGGCUGCCGCUGUCCUCGAAACCACCACACGCGGGUUCAUGGCUCCGGGUUACGCCAUCAGCGACGUGAUUCACUUUCUCUCAAAAUGGCAAAGUCAACGACCUGUUGAUGAAUUCAAGGCACACGCCGAAAUUCUUUGUGACGUGGUUGUGACGGUGUUCAAUCGCUUUCCCCCGGGCUAUGUUGCUCCGAGGCAAAACACCAUCUGGCAGCUGACGAAUGGAGUAGACUUGUUGAGGACAGUUUCCCUCUAUAAGUGUUUGAAGGAAAAGAAUGUCCUUUUCCAUAGCAAUACUCUCCGAAAUAUUGCCAAGCGACUUGCGGCCAGCCCUCAGCACAAGCACGAUGCUCUACAAAUGGCCAUCGAGGCUAUUCCAGAACAAGGCACUGACCUCGACUCGGGAGCGUGGUCAGCUCUGUGUACCUCAAUCUUAAGCCUCAGGCCUGGCCAAAUCAACACCGACGACGGUUUUUCGGCUGCGGACGCGUUUGUCAUCCUUUUGGAACAUGGCUUUGCUCCUAAUAUGGUCCACUAUACGGCAGUGAUCAGGUCGCUGUGUCUGACAGAUCAAAACGAGAUUGCAGAGGAGGUCUUCCAGACGAUGCAACGGCACAACAUUGAACCAGACAUAGUCUUGUGGUCUACUCUUUUGGACGGAGGGAAGAGGGCUCUUUCACCGUCAAACAUCGAAUCUGUCGUCAAGGGGGCUCUCGGGGGCAACGAUAUCGAUGUGCCCUUCUUGAACGACCUCCUGGUUUCCCUGCUUCACUUCUGCAAGGCCGAACCGUCAAAAAACACGCAGUCGUCGCCGGGCUACGUAGCAGCCUUUGGGCCGAUGCUACAUUUUUACUCAAAGAUAUUCCACAUGGCGCCAUUGCAGGCACUCAUUCCCGUGGACUUGUCAAUGUACCUCGACGGCCAACAACGCUUGGACAUACCGGCGAAGUGGCAGUUGGCUCAACAACUGUUUCCUGCACUCGACAUGGCCAUGUCAGCCGUUCAAGACAAAUUGGAUCCGACAGACGCAACCCUGAGCAUCAUGUUCCUCGCUUAUGUGAGGAGCCUUACGCAGCCCAUCAAUCUUAUCUCGCUAUAUGCGUACUUCAGACAGGAGAUUUCAAAGGGCAGCCCAAUCGCCACUAAGCUGGUCCGAGAAAAGGGGACUUUUGCUUACGAUGUCCUAAUUAAAGCGCUCUGUGCGUUCCCCGGCAUGCUCCGUGCCGCUUUAGAUAUCGUCGGCGACAUGCUCAAGUCCACGCUUGAAGAGCGGAGCAAAGCAGUCGACGCAAUGAAACAAUCCUUAGAGGGGAGCGAGGUUACUCCACCCCCCCUGCACCCUGCCCCGAGCGUCUUCACUUGGAGCAUCCUCCUGCACGGCUUCAGCCGAGAGAAGGGUUCCGGAGAGCGAAUCCUCGCCCAAAUGCGCCAGUACGGCGUCGAGCCGAACCUGGUUACCUGGAAUACCCUGAUUGCGGGCUACGCUAGGAACCAGGACGUCAACAAGACGGUGCUGUCCCUUCAGCGUCUCGAGGCUUCGGGCCAUGAGGCGGAUGACUUCACGCUGAGAGCAUUCUCCAGGUUGGUGAAUAGGGAGCUCGCGUUGAAGAAGAUGGAAAAUGCCCUCACCAAAAGAGCGGCGCAGGCAGAUAGGAAGGAGGCCGAAGACAAGAGAAUGGCUUCAAUCAUAUCUGGCUCUGUAGAGAGGCGGAGGCCAAGUCCGUUGUAG